AGACGUCAGCGGGAGCUUCCCGCCCCCUGGGCUCGUUGGGCUGCGGUUGCCGUGGCAACCAGGGGCGUCGGCCGCGGCCCGGAGGCAUUUUAUAAAACAAGUGUAUGUGGAAUACACCAUUGAAAGAAGCAGUGGAGCACUGUGGCCUGUAAUAGAAUUAUGGUUCGACUGACACUGGACCUAAUUGCCAGAAGUGUCACUCACAAGAAUCGCAAGGAAGAGGAUGUGGGACAGUAUCUGCGAAAAAUAACUCAUCUGAAUUUAUCAGAUAAAAAUAUAGAUGCAAUUGGUGACUUCUCUUUGUGUAAAAAUCUUAGAGUUCUAUAUUUAUAUGACAACCAAAUCAGUCAAAUCCAGAAUUUGGACUUUGCUUCAAAUAUAACCCACCUUUACCUUCAGAACAACUGUAUUUCUUGUAUAGAAAAUCUGUCUUCACUGAAAAACCUGGAAAAACUGUAUCUGGGGGGCAACUGCAUCGUUGUAGUAGAGGGUUUGGAUAAAAUAGAAAAAAUAAGGGAGCUACAUAUUGAGAGUCAAAAUCUCCCUCCUGGUGAAAAGCUUCUGUUUGAUUUGAGAACUCUUAGGUCCCUGGCAAAAUCCUUAGCUGUGUUGAAUAUCAGCAAUAACAACAUUGAUGAAUUAGAAGAACUGGCAGUUUUGGAAAAUCUUUCUUAUCUUAAAGCAGUCGACAAUAAACUUCAACAUAUGAAGGAUUUAGAGGUUGUGUUAACCAAAUGGACAAAGCUACGCAGAAUGGAACUUACAGGAAACCCCGUAUGCCAAAAACCAAAGUACAGGGACAAUAUUGUAGUACAGUCACCAACUCUAGAAUCUCUUGAUGGGAAAGAAAUUAAAGAAAUUGAAAGACAGUUCCUGAUGAAUUGGAAAGCCUCCAAAGCUGCCAGGAAUAAAAACAAAGAAAGAAUGACAAAUGAACAUGCAGUCUAUCUACAUUUUUCUGGCUUUGAAACUCCUUAUUCUCUUCUUCCCUUUCAUGACAGUCACUCUGUGAAGGAAAACCCAAAUUCUUUUAUUUUGUCUGAGAUGGACCAAGUUAAAAGAAAUCCUCUGCCAAAAACCCUGGAAAAAAAAAAAAAGUCAAAUGAAAACUCGGACAGCCCGACAGCACAUCUUGCCAUCCAUCCAGGCCCCCUCACCCCUGCGGAGGUGGCUCUGCGGAUCCCUGCUACCAGCCCGAGGGCAGGAAGGCCGGCGGGGCCUCGGCGGUCUGAGGGGCCGGGGCAGGAGCAGGGCUGGGGCGGCUGCCCAUGGGCAGCUCCUGAUCGCCCCCCUCUGGACGGGUUGCGAAAACUCGGCCCGGAGGAUCUGGCCGGGUCGGUCUCGCCCGCUUUGUGUCACGCCCGUGGGACAGCGGCCGCUCUCCGGGUGCUGCCGGGGCCGGGGAGCAGCGGGGGCUGCAUCAGCCCUGCGGGUCGGGCUGAAGGCAGGUGCCCCGCUCCUCCACCCCUCCGCCUGGCCCUCGCAAGCAUUGUCCCUCCUGCCCCUAAACCAUCCCUUCCCGGGACUUCCAAUUAUCGCUGA